AUGAAAAUGGGAAUGGAUUGGAAACUAGCAUCUUGGAAUGUGCGUACAUUGUUCAGACCUGGUGCUCUGAAUGGCCUGACAGAUCAAUUAAAAAAGUACAGGGUGGAUGUGGCUGUGCUUCAGGAGGUAAUAUGGAGAGGAUCCCACAUUUUGAAGACCAAGGACUACACCAUACUAUGCAGUGGAAAUAACACUAACACCUUUGGAACUGCAUUUGUGGUGCACAAUAACUUACUAGGACAGCUUAUAGACUUCAAGGAUAUUGAUGAGAGAUUGUGCUCAAUAAGGAUAAGAGGUAGAUUCUUCACAAUCACACUGAUCUCCACUCAUGCUCCAAUGGAGGAAAGUGAUGAGGAUGCUAAGGAUGCUUUCUAUGAUAGGCUUGAGCAACUUUAA